AUGGUGGAUGCAGACGUAAAGACAAAAUGUUUUAUUUCAGAGAAGAAACAGCCAUAUCUGUACAUGAAAGUUUCACUAACCAUAGAUGGUGAGGAUGUUGGCCAGUUAACUCCAGUACAGUACAAGUAUUUAAUUAUGCAAGCUUUAAAAGAGACACUUGGCCAGAUUGGUGCUAGCUACACAGUUGAUCUGCUCAAGCUAUCCAGUAAUGGAGUAGCCCUACUAAGACUACCAAGAGGAUAUUCAGACAAAUUGUGGGCCGCCCUAACUAUGUAUGGAGCUACACCUGCCAAGAGACGAUGCGCUUUCAGAGUAUUACAGGUUUCCCCAUUUCUGAUGGGUUUAGUGGUUGAUUCAAGAUGGCAGCAGUGA